AUGAAUCCGUUGGUUAUUUCCAGUAAACAGUUGACCGCCCGCCGAUCGCUGAACUCGCUUAUGCUGCCCGAUUGCAUCCCCGAAGAGCCCGAGACGUCUUAUCCGUCUCCUGUCGACGACUGUGACUCCAUGGUUUCGGUUUCGACUGUUACCGCUUCGACGACCAAUUCUAUAUCCAGUGAUUGCUCUCUGUCUGAGUACCCAUGGUUCUGGGGAGACGUUUCUCGCGAUGAAGUAACCGAGCGCAUGCGGGACAAAAUUGACGGCACUUUUUUGGUGCGCAAUUCAAGCACCUCCGGUGACUAUACGCUAACUUUAAGGAAAAAUGGCAACAAUAAGCUGAUCAAGAUUUAUCAACGAGAUGGGAAGUUCGGCUUUUCACCAAACGAGUCGUUGCCUUUCUCAUCGCUGCCCGAUCUGGUCGCCUACUACCACGUACAUUCAUUGAAGCAAUACAAUCGCGAUCUAGAUAUUACGUUGAAGUAUCAGUUCAGUUACGACGAGGAGUCAGCGUCGUCUACCGUCGAACAACUAACCAACUUGCUGCACACCGUACACCUGGACUAUCUUCGCAAGUCGAAGGAAUAUGACCUUGAUCACGAAGAGUAUAUGCAGACAUCACAGGAGCUGAAUCUGAAGAGACGUGCCCUGCGAGCUUUCGAAGAAACGCUGGCAAGUUUUAACACGCAGUUAGAACUGCACAAAAAGUAA